AUGGUGGGGGCGGGCGCGGGCGCGGGCGCCAGCCUCACCGCGGCGCUGUGCAUGAGGAGCAACCGCGUCGCGCGGGUGCUCGCGUACGCGCUGCUCGAGUGGAUCCUCAUCGCGCUGCUCCUCGCCAACGGCGUCUUCUCCUACCUCAUAUCCCGGUUCGCCGCCUUCUUCGGCCUCGCGCCGCCGUGCGCGCUCUGCUCCCGCCUCGGCGUCGACAGCCUCUUCGAGUCCCACUCCCACCCCCCACCACCGAGGCGGGGGCGCUGA